AUGCAAUUCUUCUACGCCGCUGUAACCCUUGCCGCCAUUGCCACGGCUGCCCCCGUUGGAGUCCCUGAAGCUAGGGAUGUCAAUGAGGGGUCUGCGUUGGCCAAUGUCCUCUACGUUGAGCCCAAGAGUGCCAACGACGGUUCUGCUCUCGCCAACAGUCUGUACAUUGAGUCUAGGGACAACAAUGAAGGUUCGGCUUUGGCCAAUGUUCUAUACGUUGAGCCUAAAGAUGAGAAUGAAGGAUCUGCUCUUGCCAAUGUCCCCUACAUUGAGUCUAGACAUACCAACGAGGGAUCUGCUUUAGCCAACGUCUUGUAUGUCGAGCCCAAGGAUGAGGGCGGCCCCGUCCUAGCAAAUGUUAGAUACCAGUAG